AUGGCGUCGGCGUUCCGAGCGUUCCUCAACAGCCCCGUGGGGCCGAAGACCACCCACUUCUGGGGUCCCAUCGCCAACUGGGGCUUCGUCGUCGCGGUACGUUGGCGAUUACCGGGACGAUCUGGCCUCUCUUCUGCCGCCGGCCGGUUUGAUCUCCCCUUUCUUUCUCUCUUCCCUUGAGUUCGCCUCGUCGCCUGUUUCCCCCAGUCAGUUGGAUGCCUGUUUCUUUCGACAUUUGAUGUCCUCGGCUGGAUGUGGAUGAGCGAAGCCGAGCGCCAGAACUCCGUUCCCUUUCCGAGAGCCGUCGGAAGAUCGGAGCGGCGACUACUUCUGCGAUUUUUUUGAUUUCCCUACUCUAGGGUCUCCUUCUGAUCGCCUCUCGACCUGAAUGUGGAAUACGUGGAGGCGAAGGCUUAGAUCAAGUUUUCUAAGGAGGCGACUGUGUUCGGAAGGAUCGCAGCCCGAUAGACCCAGCUAGCCUCCUAGAUGGGUUCCCGAGGAGAGAGAAAAUGGAAGAAAACGGGCUACUCAUGAUGAUCUGUUCUCCCCCUGCUGAAUCAAUCGCCCUGCUCUUGUCCAGGGCUCCUGGUACAUCCUUUGAUCCUGUUUUUCCGAGGAUUAGCUUAGCUAACCUCCUAACCUUCAUCUCCUGGCUAUAAAGCCUACCGCAGAACGCCUGAAUGAUCUCCUGAGUCUCACCUGCGCUAUACAAUGCAGUGGAGAUUGUGCUUAACGGCUCAAAUUGCCCAAAAUCUUCUCAAAGUCCUCUCCAGUAUGCGAUCAAAGAGCUGUGGAUUUUGUGAGACAAAGCUUUUCCUUCGGAAGAGCUAGUGAUUCUUGUUUCAGACUUCAAAGAACGCUUUGAAUUCAGACAAAAGUAUUGGAUGCUUGUGCUUGAUUUGCCCCAAUUGCUAUGUAAUCUUUCCUUUAAAUGGCAGAAAUUAUUUUCAGACAACUGAUCUACCUUCUAUCUGCAAAAGGAUGUCGGAUUGCGGGUUCCUUUCUGCCUUUUAAUGUGCUUUGGAUGCGUCUUUUUCUCAAUGGUUUUCAUUGUUUGGGGUAUGAAAAAUAUUUAAUACCCAAGGAAUUCACUUUGCGGAUGCCAUUGCAGGGGUUGGUGGACACCCAGAAGCCUCCUGACAUGAUAUCCGGCAACAUGACUGCAGGUUUGGAUGUUUCUGAACUAAAUAUUAAUGGGUCUUUAUAAGUUUUUUUUCUUCUAAAUUUGGACUGACAUUGAAUGGUGAAAGAAAGUGAUUCUAGCUGCCUCCAUUUCCCUAGCUCAUGAGAUCCUCAACGUUCUGUAGCUUCAUAUAAAUUUAUGUGGGUCACUACAUUUUCAUCAAUUUUGUGUUAAUUUCUCUCCUUUGUCAAGGAAAAUAUAGAAGGUCAGAACAAGAAGAUCCCAAUGAAUCACCGACUGAUCUCUGGGUUCACAGCCAAGAAAUAUAGGAUCUAAUUUGCUUUUUUUGGCCGUCACAAUGUCUAAGGUUAAUCCAAUAACAAGCCUAUGCACUUACUGAUGUUGCCCAUCUACUGACGACCCCCCUUCCCCCUCCUGGAGCGUAGUACAUAUUUCUUGUUAUAUUUCCCUUAUCUAUAGUCUCAUUUAGCAUGUUUUUGCAGUCAUGUGCGUCUAUUCAGGGCUGUUCAUGAGAUUCGCAUGGAUGGUCCAGCCACGCAACUACCUUCUCCUGGCCUGCCACGCCUCCAAUGAGACGGUCCAGCUCUAUCAGCUCAGUCGAUGGGCCAAAUCCCAAGGGUGAGCAUCCAUUGUUUCGGGCAAAUAUCGCUAAUUACUAUAACACAAUGUCUUCAUAAAAUUCAUUCUUGGGGAAGGAAGAACAAGCUAAGAACUCAUUUUUCUUUAAUUCAUUAUUGUUGAAGUCCGUACAGCUCAAAACCCAUGGAUGAUAAGUGGAGAAGCUCGUAUUUACACGAUUUAAAUUAUUCAUCUCAUGCGAAAAAUAACCAAACAUAACAUGGUUCAUUCAAUGUGGGACUAUAAGUCUUGAUUAAUUUCAUUGUUCCAAUGGGAAAAUAACUCAAGAUCUGAUUCAACAGGUACUUACAGAAGAAAGAGGAGGCAAAGGAACAGUAG